UGGGCAUGAAAUGAUUUAACCAGGCUGCUCGCAGUGGCACCUAUGUAAAGAACUGUACAUUAUAAAAGGGUACUUCAUAAGGGCGUAGGACUGUAUCUGCACCACCCUGCGCAGUCGGGUCAGAGCUAGCGCACAUCCACACAACUUUCUGCCGAGUCAUCGGCACAGACGCGCACCUCCGGCCCGCCACUGUGCGCUCCUCUCUCUCUCCAGGUCCGUUCAUCUCCAUCCUCAGCCCGGACACCGAUGAGAUGUCAGGCGCGGUGAAAGAUGAACCGAAAGGAACGAGUGAUCUUCGGAAGUCCGAAACGAUCCACGUUGCCGUCAAAAGUCUCACGGAGAGCAAAAACUUGACCGUGAGAGGAGGCUGCAGCGUCAGGCAGCUGAAAUGGUGUCUUGCAGAGCGCAUAGGAGUCCCGGCAGAGCGGCUGGUCCUGAUCCACUCCGGCCGGGUCCUCAGAGAGUCAGAACUCCUGAGUCACCUUAAAGCACAAGAUGGCUCAGUCAGCCUCUGCAUGAUCCAAAGUGAUCCAGCUCCAGAAAUGGUCCAGUCAGAGCUCACAGUCGUUCCCAGUCCUGAACCUGAUAACUUCACACCGUCUCCCACCUCUCCCCUCUGCCUGGUGGAAGGUCUGGACAGUCUUGGGCUGACAAACAGCGGGCCAGGCUUUUUCCCCGCGCUCCAGCAGCAGAUGGAGAGCCAGCUGCUGGCUGACCCGGAGAUGAUGCGCCAUGUCCUGGGUAGCCCCUUCGUGCAGAGCACCCUCUCCACCUCCAGUCCUCAACUGACCAGACAGCUCAUUAUGUCUAAUCCUCAAAUUCAGCAGCUCCUGCAGACAAACCCAGAGGUGGGAGAUAUGCUUAACAACGCAGAUGUCAUCACACAGGUGCUGGAGCUCAUCAGGAACCCUGACUUGAUAGAAGAUGAAGACGAAGAAGAAGAAGAAGAAGAAGAAGAAGAAGAAGAAGAAGAAGAAGAAGAAGAAGAAGAGGAGGAAUACCAAGAAGUGAUGAAUAAUGAAGACAGAGCACUGAACAAUUUGCCAGAGCAGGACAACCCUGAAACCACCUCUGUCGAUUCUGACGGCCUUCAGAACACAAAUAGACAAAAAUUAUCCCAGAUAGGAGUAGCACCAAUGGUGUCUACAGCAUCUGGGACUCAGCAGCCAGCUGAAAAAGAAAGCGAGCAGACCCCACCCCUCUCCAGUCCCACCACAGAUCCUCUGAGAGAACUGACAGCCUCGCCCAGAGCUGAUUCAAACCGCCAGAGCACCAUUAGUGCAGGCAUGCAGUCACUGCUAGAGGAGAUCAUGGCCAGUCCUGGACUGAUGGAGAGCCUGAUGUCCGGACCGUAUGUCAGCAGUCUCCUGAAGUGCCUCAGCCAGAACCCUGACCUGGCUGCACAGAUGCUGCUGAGCCAUCCUUUGUUCUCAGGAAAUCCUCAGCUGCAGCAGCAGAUGAGACAGCAGAUCCCUCUCUUCCUGCAACAGAUGCAGAGUCCAGAGCUGCUGACGGCAAUGUUGAACCCCAAAGCCAUGGAGGCUCUGCUUCAGAUCCAACAGGCCCUACAGACUCUGGCCUCAGAGGCUCCUGCGCUCAUACCUAUGGCUGGACUCGGAAACAUUGGAGCCAGCGUUGAUGCUGCCCCUGAGCUAGGAUCUGACUCUGCUCUUAACAGCCAAUCAGGAAGUGGUCCAGGGGUUGCCACGGUGACAGAGCAGCAGCAGCAGCAGCAGCAGCAGCAGCAGUUUGUACAACAGAUGCUACAGGCACUGGCCAACAGCAAUUAUGGGGUCCAUGGCGAGGAGUUCCAGGAGGAGCUGGAGCAGCUGAGCUCAAUGGGCUUCAGAGACAGACAGGCGAACCUUCAGGCCCUCAUCAGCACAGGAGGAGAUCUCACCACUGCUGUACAACAUCUGCUCAGUCUCUGACGCACACAGAUGUUGAUCCGUGCACAUAUUACACAAGUGAAUGAAUGCACGUGUACUGACAUUUACAUGUAAGCACUUACACUCAAACAUGAUAAUAAUAAUACAAUUAUGAAUGAUUACAAAGUGCUUUACAAAUAAACCAACACAUGAGACAAUAUUUAUAUUGUUGGACUUUCAAAGACACACUUACUUACAUACUUAAUUCUUUAACUUCCCACACUAACAUCUGUCUGCACUAGUAAAUUAUAUUCAGUCACUCUUACCCUAGUACACUUCUCCUUGUUAUUGGGUGCCGAAUGCUGUACAGAUGGUUAAGCCCUUGCUUUGAGAACUGAGAAAACAUACACAUAUACAGUAGGAGGACUUCCUUCCCUCUUGUCCUUCCAGAAUGAGUGCUUUAUGUUAAUAUUAGAGUAGAAACAAACACUUUUACUCACAGUGACAUGCACUGGCACAGGGCCUUUAAAGGUACUUAAAUCCACCUCACAUAUGUAGACUUGUAGCAUACAUAUUCAGAAGCAGGUCAUGUAUUAUUAAUCUCUGUGCAACAAAGCUCAGGCCCCUUUUCAUCUGGCCACCUGGACAAGAAGGAAAGCUUGUAACACCCAGAGACAGUCUGAUGUCCUGGCAGCACACGGAGGAUUCACACCUUCCGUCUCAGAGAUUGAACCAGGUGCACAGUCCGAUGUGUGCUGUUCUCACUCUCAUUUGCUGCUUAUGUGUCUUGUCCACCACAGGCUGUAGAGAUCAGACACACCAGAUAAUUAUGCAGUUUGUCUCCAAAGGUAGACUCAGCUCCAAAAGAUGAAUUUUAAAUGGAAAGGUUGACUUUGUGCAAAGCAAAAAAAGGUGCUUGAAUGUCAGUGUUUAUCUCAAGGCCACACAGGCACAGAAACUGUGAUUUGCAGUUAAUCUUCUCUCCACACUCACCACAGGAGGAGAAUCAUAUCAGGCGUAAAAAAAUGGAUUUGGGUCCCAAACUGAGAGAAAGGAAUUUUAGGCCUUUUGAAACAUCCAACACAACCUAUGCUGAUGAUGAUUAUGAUGAGUUACUUUACACUGGUGAGGCUGCUCUUAGAAACCCUUUGUGCCUAACUAUCUUUUCACUGCACUGACUAGUAAUACCUGGGAUUUGUUGUUCAUUCCUGAAGCUUAUAUUCAGAGGCGCUCCAGUAAAUACACCACGCUACAGUGCUUUCGUGCCAUAGGGAGUGGCUGCAGUGGCUUUUGUGUCCCUUUGGAUUUCACUAAACAACUGACUGAGCAACAUACUUCCACUCAUCUAGCUGACUUGUGGAUCUGAUGUAAUCAGGAAAAACUGUUGAAUAUUAUUCUGUUAUCUACUUUUUGUGUCAGUUAACAUAAUCCUGUUGUCCCCUAAUCAUGUAUGUACGCACUAUGUGUCAUUUCACAUGAAUAUAUGAUGAUGUCGUGCUGUGUCAUUGUAAUGUUAACAGCUGUUCUGUGAAAAGGUUAACAGUUAAUUACAGUUAAUUACAGUAGUUUUUUAUGGCUCCUUCAAGUAAUUAUUUACUUGAAGUUUUUCUUUUAUAUAAUAUGUCAUAAAAUAGGGGAAAAUAUAUAUCACAACCUCCCAGAGGCCAACAUGGCGUCUUCAAGAUGCUUGUUUUGUUUAACUAAGUUAAAUGUUCAAAUUACAAAAAUAUUAAACAGAGAAACGCAGUAAAUUCUCACAUCUGAGAAGCUGAAAACAUGUAAUGCACUUAGAGUUGGUGUAGCAACCACAAGCAUCACCUCAUGAAAGUCACACACAAACUGGUCUGCCAUCUCUGACUGAUAAAAACACAUUAAUUUACUAUAUAAUCACAAACAGUGUAACUAUAUUUAUACAUAUAAUCCACCACACCUUUCACUGAAUUUGAGAGAAAAACCUUUACUCAUCAAAAUUAGUUCAAACUGUUUUAAGUAGGUAUUUUCCCAUGCUAUUCUAUGUACUACUUACUCUACUCAACUAUGAACACUAGAUGGCAGUUAACACUUAACCUCUUCACUAAUAUCAGCUCUUUUGGUUUGUAUUGCAGGAAUUAUGCUGGCACAAAAUAUUUUUGAGUGACCCUGAGUGUUAAACAUUAAACAUGACAUACCAA